CGACAGGGUUGGUCAUAACGCGUUUGUGCGUCGUCGAGCACGCUGCAGCGGCCCCUGCUGGAUUUACUUACGCGCGAAAACGCUUCAACAAUUUCCUGCUAGAAAGACACCCUUUGAUCAUCAAUAGGAGUUUAGCAGCUGUGGUAAAAAGAAUCCUAAAAGAUGACGACCGCAAGUAUGCUCCUGACGGUGGCGACUACAUGGAACGUCUCUACCGACAAGAUUGACAAAGAAGGGUGUCUGAGCAUGGCCACAAAGCAUGUCACCGCUGAAGCUGCCAAAGAAGUCCGCGAGAGUCAGUCUACGAAGGAACAGGCGCUGGCCAUCAUGAGGGAGUGGAUACAGCAGAACAUUGACAUUAAAAAUGUCCGGCAAGAUGAAUCAUUUCUACUUCGAUUUUUACGCCACAAGAAGUACAGUAUCCCGAUGGCCCAACAAACUCUGCUGAAGUACUUGAGCUUGAGAAGAUACUAUCCCGAAAUAUUCAAGAACAUCGACUGCGAUGACCCAAAACUAAAGGAUAUUCUCAGCAACGGGUACAUAGUGGUUUCACCGGUUCGAGACAGCAAGGGUCGUCGGGUCAUCGUUUACAAUAUGAGUAAAUUCAACGCUCAUAAAUACAACUGCUGGGACAUGUGCCGAGCUCACUUGCUGGUGUACGAGAGCUUGCUGGAAGACUCCAUGGACCAGAUGUGCGGUUACGUGCACGUGGGUGAUGGCAGCGGGGUGACCGGAGCACACAUCACCACAUGGAACCCUACAGACUUCGCCCGGCUCAUGAAAUGGGGAGAGCAAUCGAUGCCCAUGCGCCACAAGGAGUUUCACUGUGUAAACGUACCGACUGCCCUCAAAUAUGUCGUCGACUUCGCAGUUAGUAAAGUUACCCCCAAAAUGGCGGAAAGACUAAACAUCCACACCAACCUAAAACAACUGCACCAGCACAUAAAUGUUGAGUCCCUACCAACGGGAUACGGAGGUCCAUUGAAAAUCGAAGAUAUGGUCAAAUUCACAUCGCAGUUAGUAAACGAACAGAAAAAGAAAGUUCUUGGUCUGGACACAAUGGAAAUCCUCAGCACUAGAGGUAUCAUCUCUUCGAGGAGACCUAACACCAUCGUAGUGAACGGAGACGUUGCGGUACAAGGGAGCUUCAGAAAACUAGAGAUAGAUUAGGCUACUGUAUUGUUAGUAAUGUUAAACUUUUACUUGUUAGUUAAUCUGUCUGUCGUACUCGUGCGCCCUCGAGCACCACUGACUUUAAAUAUAUUUUAGCACUGAAAAUUAAAUGCUCUGAUUAAAUAUUAUUCGUUUAGGGACCUACAUAUUAAGAUAGAAUUAUUGUAUUUUAGUGAUUCUUGUAUGUGUAAAAAGACUUUACAAGGUGGAUGGCAAAUAGAUGAAUAGACAUUUACCAUUAUUUAGUACCGUUACAAAGUUAAAAAUCUGAUGGGAAUACAAAACACCUUUUGGGCCAUUCUUCGGGUUGAAUGAGUAAAAGAUAACAUCUUGUACGAGACUACCUAAUAUAUCAUUAUCUAACGAGUAAUUUUAUAAUUUAUUUUUUAACUGUUCUUUACUGAUCGCUUUUAACAAUGCCAUAUUUUUACAGUUGAAUUUUGCAAUACUUACAGUUUUCAUAUAUUUGAAUUUUAAACGUACGAGUCUUAUGAUUACGAAGAAUGGCCAAAAAGUUCUAAACAUGCAAAUUGAGUAAUGUUGCUGACAAAAUAAGUUUAUUUCAUGUAGAAAUCUCGAUUCGCCAACUUUGUUGAUUAGGUAUUUUAAUUAUAGUAAUAGGAAAAUCUAUCCAUCAGUUCAUUGACUUAGUAUUAAGUAUUGUAUGUAUAUAUUCUGUCAUUUCUUUUCCAUUAGCUUUAUAUCAACAAGGAUGAUAAGAUCCAUGACAAACUAAAUACUGUAUGAAUUGAUCUAAGUUUUAGUAAAAGAACAUUAAAGGUUUUGUAUAUUAUAUAAACGUA